CUUCAAGAAGCCAGGUCACACUUCCUGCUUCUGUUCCUCCUUGAGACUUGGCGUCUGUUGGCGCGCUCUCCUUUCCUUCGACAAAAUGAGUCUUAAAACCUUCCUUACUGGUGUCGUGGUUAUGUCAUUCUUUAUCGGCAAAACACGAGAAUGCCGUCAGAUAAACACCUCCUGCAGCGAUAUACAGACUGGAGAGGGAUUCCAGUUCAAACAUCGAUGUCCUGACGGAAGUGACUUGACAGUGAAUGAUAAUAAGCAGACAAAGCUUGCUUUUGCUGUGAUUGGCACCGAGAGGAAAAAUUAUUCGGGUGAAGUGAUCCGCUUGGACAACAAUUCGGUUGUUACAAGAAAGUGUCGGGACCUUCAAAUAGAAUGCAUUGUUCGUAAUACUUUGAUUUUGACGGGAAAUCUUCAGGGAGAGGAGUCUGUAAUAGACAUCUGUGACGAUUAUAAGAUUACCGAGAAGCUGAAGAAUCUUGAUCCCAGUUAUCCAACAACACCACAGAACCUCACCAACGGUGUACCAGUCGGUGUAGCAGUCGGUGUAACAGUCGGUGUACUACUGGGUGUACUGGUGCUCUGUGGGAUCAUUGGGAUGCUUUGUUACAUUUUUUGGUUUAAGAAGCAGCACGAUGGCGCUACAGUUCCUGAGUUUUUAAGAUACCUACGGACUUGCUCUUGUCUCAGAAAUGAGAGGGGAGAGGCACCAAAAACUGGAGACCCUGAAGGACGUGGAGUCCAGGAGGUCGGAAGUGGUGCUUUGGACACAACUCAACACAACGGUGGCAUCGAGCUGAGUGUGAUAUCUGCCUCUGAUCGAAGGGGUGAAAAUGUUAUCGAGCAAGAUGACACACUGGAAAGUGUUCACAGUAAUGAUCCUAAGGCUGUAGGCGAGACUCCUCCAUCCUUCAGUCUGAACCACAUCUUGAGAAACAAGGGAAUCCAGCCGACUGCAAACGGAGACAUAAGUGCCCCCGACAUGAACAGAGCUUCUAUUCAUCAAGCCGUGAACGGGAGCUUGAGGGAUGAUCCAGGAGGAGUGAACGACAGCAAAGGAAAAGGCAACGUGAGGAUCAGGGAGAUGCCCAAUGGACGGACUCGCGGUGAUCGUGGUCCUGAAGAUGAUGAGAAUGAUGAAGGCCAACCACUGAUGUCGGACCAGCGAGCUGCCAACCAAGGUUUUGACAUGACAGGUGGAGCCGUAGCUUUGGUGGACAAGCGCGGCUUUGACCCAGACCCGGUCAGCAGGUGCUCUACUGCUCCAGACACUGACGUGGAGUCAACAUCCAACAUGAAGAACUGUAGUAUAUAGAUAUACUGACUCAUAAUAAUAUUAAUAAUAGCCUUCUCACAGUCAGGGUAUGUGGUACAUUUACUGGCAGUUCCUUUGGGAUCAAGUCCAGGGCUGCGGUCGAAUAGUCUUUUUUGCUUAGGAAGGUUCCUAACCGAGUGAAAUGACCCAGAAGUAUCUCUAUCGAAUUCUCUAAAUGCUGAGGAAAGGUGCGUCAAUGCUUCCUUUAUUAUCUCCUUUAACAUAAGAUACACUG